AUAUAAAAGACAUAAGCUCAGCACAUGCAUAAAUGAGAAGUCAUAUGCAGUGGUUAUAUGUAUAGGCUACACCUUUCAAAUAAACAGAAUUCUUCGCUUUUUAUUUCACAAAAACAACACUGAUAACAACAUUGAGUUUAGUUACUACGCUAUUAUUAUUGUUAUUAUUAUUAUAAGGCUUUGAUUUAAAAUUUUAAAAGAAUCUAAAGUGUCUUAAUACAGCUUAUGGGGGUCAAGCUUAUGUGUGAGCACGUGAGGUCAUAUGCUCAGAAGUUUGACGCUCAUUUAUGCCUUUACAUUAAGACUAGCAAAUCACGAAUCAGUUUUGCAUGACUGUAACGCAUUAUUCAAUUACACCGCAUAAAAAGGGUGUGACAUGUGUAAGACACAAUAGAGCGCGUGCUCACACUAAAUACCGACGUGUUCAAUUGGACACAGUGAUAGCGGAGGGCUCCUAUAAAUGCCACGCAGAGUUGGAGAGAAGUACACUGCAGCUGAACCUCAACUCCGAAGCACCACGGCGAUCAAUAGCCUACCUGGCAACCGGCUGCAGUCGUGAAAUAAUAUAGACUAAAUCCGUUUGGUUAACGACCGUACGUUUUAAAUAAACGACAAUAAUAUCUUAUUCUCUUUUAAUUAGCCAUUUAAGGUACAUUCGAUGGAAUACCAAAAGGCGGCAGAAUUGAACGGUUUGUGCAAUGGCAAAAUUGUCACAGAGUAUCUCUGCCGUAACGGCUUUAGCGAGCUGACGGUCGACUCGAAAAAAGUCGCUGUCCAGCACAAGAACGAGACGUCCCGGAAAGAGGCGGAGGACGAGUCGCGGUUACCUGCUCUGGAGGCGGCGUACACAACCAUCCUGCGAGGUCUGGGAGAAAACACCGACCGGCAGGGGCUCCUCAAAACACCGCUCCGCGCAGCGAAGGCCAUGCAGUUCCUGACCAAGGGCUACCACGAGACCAUUUACGAUGUCCUCAAUGACGCCAUCUUUGAUGAAGACCACGAGGAGCUAGUUAUUGUGAAAGAUAUUGACAUGUUUUCACUUUGCGAACAUCAUCUAGUACCAUUUUUUGGGAAGGUUCACAUAGGAUAUCUCCCAAGUAAAAAGGUUGUUGGCCUCAGUAAGCUUGCGAGGAUUGUUGAAAUCUACAGUCGCAGACUCCAAGUCCAAGAGCGCCUAACAAAGCAAAUAGCAAUGGCGAUCUCUGAAGCCCUGCAGCCUGUCGGAGUGGCAGUUGUCAUCGAGGCAGCUCACAUGUGCAUGGUCAUGCGCGGAGUGCAGAAGAUGAACAGUCGUACUGUGACCAGCGCCAUGCUGGGUGUGUUCAGAGAGGAUCCAAAAGCUCGAGAGGAGUUCCUGGCCUUGACCAAAGGCGCAUAGUGACCACGCUUCCUUCCCCGCUCCGACUGCAUCAGUGUGUUUACAGCCAAACAGGUCAAUGAAUAUUCUCUACAUUUAAAACCCUCCAUGGUGCUAAGAGAAUCUCACUGAGCCAGAGCUGUAAGAUCCUUCCACCAGCUACUGAGACUCAGGGGUCUUAGAGAAAAUGUGAAUAGUGAAAGAUCAGUGUUACAUGUACUACUGGUUUUGUGAAUCUAACACUGAAUGGCCAAAAAUUCACACAGCUGCCUUAAAUAUAUUUCUAUUAUUUUACUACUGUUAUUAACAAUUACUAAAUUAACAUAUUGCCUUAUAUACUUGUCUAAUCUUAUGACUUUUUACAAAAUGAAGAUACUAGAACUAAUUUGUAUAUAAAUUUAAAAGAAAUGCAUUUUGCAUCAUAUCUCUCUGACUGAUAAUAUUUAAGCUGUCGUAAGUAAACACGAUGAUUAAUUUAUAGUUAUACAAGUCAAUGAAAUGUUUCUGGUGGCAUAAUUUAUAAAUGUUUAGAAAUAAACAACAUUGCCAUUAGGAUAUUGUCACUUUUUUUUUUUAACCAAAUUGUAUGAGAAAUCAAAACAAAUGUCAACUGUGCCAAAUGAAACAAUA